AUAACCGGAAGUCUUGAAAACGAAAGGAAACAGUUACAAACAGUAACUACACUUUUUAAAAAUUUAUUAAUUUUAAUAAUUUUUCGAUCGGUAAUCUAUCAGGAAAAUGGACAGUGAGUAUCAGCGUGAUGGAAAAAUUAUGGAUAUGAUAGAUGAGAAAUGGCGUGCUGACCAGUUGCCCAAGGAGGAUAUUCAGGUACCUAUAACAGCACGACCAGAACCUGAACAAGACAAUGGUCCGAGCAAUGAAAGUCUACAGGAACAAGAACAGAAAUGGCUAGAUCUUGCUCUUUCAUCACUCAACAGUAUGCCACCAACAUCAACACAGAGUUGACAAAACAUGCAUUCUAUUGAAAAUAGAUUGUAUAUACAUUGUAUAUUAUUUAAUUAUAUAUAUAUAUAUAUAAAACUACUUAC